ACAGCUGUAGGGUGCUAUAGCCAAAAACCACAAAGAGCAUAUCUUCCAUAUCUCUUUCUCCAUCCUCACCUCUCAUUGGUGUGACUCAGCUAGCCCCAACGGUCGAGAAUCCAACGCGCUCAGCUCGCCCCGUUUUUGACCGCCGUUGACUAAUCAACCAAGCCGGCCUCCUGCGGUGAGUAAUGCAACUGUCGACGACACCACGACGAUAGCAAUAGCGCGUUGUAUUCGAGAACGAUCCGGACUCGGUGCCUCUGCUCGGUACUCAGUACUCACCCUGCUCUGUUUUUGUCUUGUUUGUUUUCGUGACAAGUAUAAGUCACGACUCACGACUCACACUUCACCCACCAUCAGAAAAGCACAUUUUCUCAAAAGCUCAAAAUAGCAUUGAACCCAAGUUCUGGAGUUUGGAGAUUUGUUAGCUUUAACAAGUUUGGGUAGUAAGAAUAUCUGAAAGAGGGUCUCAACUCUCAAACCCCAUUUCAAAGUUUGAGUCUUUACUGAUUUUGAAAGUUGGAGAACAGAGCUUGACGUUUAAGCUUUGGUUUUUUGACUCAAAGGUUUGGUUCAUAAUGGAGGAGAAAAUGGAGGUUGAGAACAAGUAUAUUACUGUUGAGGAGCUGAAGCUGCACAACAAGCCUGGGGACCUAUGGAUCUCUAUCCAGGGCAAGAUUUACAAUGUCUCAGAUUGGGUUCAUGAUCACCCAGGUGGAGCUACCAUUUUGUAUGAUUUGGGUGGCCAAGAUGUUACUGAUGGAUUCAUGGCAUACCAUCCUAGCACUGUGUGGAAGCGCCUAGGGAAGUACUUCAAUGGGUAUCAUCUCAAGGAUUUCGAGAUCUCAGAGGCGUCCAAGGACUAUAGGAAGCUUCAUGCUGAGAUUACGCAGAUGGGUUUGUUCGAAAACAAAGGGCAUGGGGCUCUUUACAAUAUUACAACUAUUGUUGUUUUGCUUAACCUUGUUGUUUAUGGUGUGUUGAAGUCUGAUAGUGUGUUGGUCCAUUUUGUUUGUGCUGUGAUGUUGGGGAUCUUGUGGAUUAUGGGUGCUUAUAUGGGUCAUGAUGCGGGUCAUUACCAAGUCAUGUCAAGCCGUAAGUGGAACCAAAUUAUUCAGGUUCUGGCUGGGAAUUGCCUUACUGGGAUUAGCAUUGCUUGGUGGAAAUGGACUCACAACGCACAUCAUAUUGCCUGCAACAGCCUGGAUUAUGAUCCUGAUCUUCAACACAUGCCGGUCUUUGCAGUGUCGACAAAGUUCUUUCAUUCGAUUACUUCAGUCUUUUAUGGGAGGAAGUUGGAUUUUGAUCAUGUGGCUAGGUUCUUAGUCAGCCAUCAGCAUUUUACUUAUUAUCCUAUCAUGAUUGUUGGAAGGGUCAACUUGUUUAUUCAGACCUUCUUGUUGUUGUUGUCCAAGAGAAGCAUCCCCAACAGGACUAUGAACAUAAUGGGAAUCCUUGUUUUCUGGACUUGGUUUCCUCUGCUUGUCAUGUGUCUGCCCAGUUGGAGUGAGAGGGUGAUGUUCGUGCUUGUGAGCUUUGCAGUGACAGCACUUCAGCACAUUCAGUUCACUUUGAACCAUUUCUCAGGAGAUACUUACCUUGGACCACCAACUGGGAAUGAUUGGUUCGAGAAGCAGACUGCUGGAACCAUUGAUAUUUCGUGCUCAAAGUACAUGGAUUGGUUCUUUGGUGGUCUGCAGUUUCAGCUAGAGCACCAUUUGUUCCCCCGAUUACCCCGAUGCCAACUGAGGACGGUUUCUCCAACUGUGAAGGAACUAUGCAAGAAGCACAAGUUGCCUCACAGAAGCUUGUCCUUCUGGGAUGCCAAUGUGACCACCAUUAGGGUUCUCAGGAAAGCUGCCCUGCAGGCUUGGGACAUGACCCUUCCUGUCCCGAAGAACUUGGCUUGGGAAGCUAUUAAUACCCAUGGCUAAGAUUUGCGGAGGCUCUUCAAGCUAUUACCCCCCAACAUUACAUUUCUGCUUUUAUAAGUUGGGGUAUCUAGGAUGAAGAUCAUUUUUUUUUUGGAGCUGGUUUUUAAUUUCAAUUUGAUAUUAUUUUUGACAUUCCCACUUUUACAAUAUUUGAUUCUAUGUUUAAGUCACUAUUCAAACGCUAUCAACUUCGAUUGAUAUGCAUUAUCAAAUUUUAAUACAGAUUAGAGAUGUGUCUCUGAC